UGGCAGCCCAGCGUCAACGCGACGUGGCAAAUCGUGCUCCAGAGCGCCAUCAAACUCACCAACGGAUCCGCCAGCCCGGAUGUCGCCAUCUGGGACCUGGACCUCUUCACCAACGACGCAGCGACUUUCCGUGCCCUGCAGAGCAACGGGAAGAAGGUCAUUUGCUACUUCAGCGCCGGCUCGUAUGAGAACUUCCGGCCGGAUAAGGGCAGAUUCAAUGAGUCGGAUCUGGGCAAGCCCCUCGACGGAUGGCCUGACGAGCGCUGGCUGGACCUAAACAGCGACAAUGUUCGGGCCAUCAUGAGGGACCGCAUCAAGCUCGCCUCGUCCAAGGGCUGCGAUGCCAUUGACCCCGAUAACGUCGACGGUUAUCAAAACGACAAUGGGCUCAAUCUUACGGCCCAAGACUCAAUCAACUUCCUCCAGUUCCUGCAUCAAGAGGCCAGCUCGUACCACAUGGCCAUUGGUCUGAAAAACGCCGGCGGCAUCAUCCCAAAGGUGCUCGACUUUAUCAACUUUUCCGUCAACGAGCAGUGCGCCGAGUUCUCGGAAUGCGAGACGUUUGCCCCCUUUAUCGCGGCUGGUAAGCCCGUCUUCCACAUCGAGUAUCCCAAUGGCGCCCCUGCUGUUGAUGCUGCGCGGGCUGCCGAUCUUUGCUCGCAUCGAGGCAUUGGGGCCGGGUCUGGCAAUUUCAGUACGGUGCUGAAGAAGAUGAACCUGGACGGGUUU